AACAAGUUUAAUUCAAACCUCGAUAAAGAUGAAACUUUUAUUCGCUGCUCUUUUCGCCUUCGUGGCUGUUUCAGUUCAUGCUGAUGUUGAAUCAGAAGAGUUCUGGGCCAAUCUUGACCUUUCAACAGUCGUUCCCGUUGAAGACAUUCCCGGAUUCUGGGAAGGUCGUGACCCAGCUCUUUUGCCAGGUGUUGCAAACCCCGCUGGAAGAAUUGUUGGAGGCACAGAAGCUGCUCCUGGUGCUCAUCCUUAUCAAGCUGCUGUAUUGAUGCGUUUCGCAACUGGUACCGGUCUUUGUGGUGGUUCAGUUAUCUCAAACAGAGUCAUUUUGACAGCUGCUCAUUGCCCAAUCAAUUCACUGGAUUCUCAAGUCAUUUUGGGUGCUCACAACAGAUUGACCACCGAAGCAACACAACAUCGUCAAACUAUUCCAAAUGCCAACUACCGUCUUCAUGCUAAUUACAAUCCAUCGAACUUGAACAACGAUAUUGCCACCAUGAUUACAAACGCAGUUGUUCCAAUGACUGCACGUAUUCAAUUGGCUCCUCUUCCACCAGUCGGAAAUUCUGAAUCAUUCGCUGGAGAGUUAGCCACUGUUUCUGGAUGGGGCCGUGUGUGUGAUGGAAUUAUUGGAUGUGGAACUUCAUCCACCUUACGGGUUGUUUCAAACAACAUUAUCACCAAUGCUGUCUGUGCACAAACCUAUGGAACUAACGUCGUCGUUGCAAGCACAAUUUGCAUGGCAACAACUGGAGGACGUGGAACAUGCAAUGGAGACUCAGGCGGUCCACUCACUGUUGGACGUGCUGGAGGUAGAUGGCAAAUUGGAGUUGUUUCCUUCGGUGCUGCUGCUGGUUGUGAAAGAGGCUUCCCUGCUGGUUUCGCACGUGUUACAAGUUUCCGUACAUGGAUUGGCAACAACAUGAGUUAAACUAACUUUCCUUAAUUAUCAUCUAAUGCUUGCAAUAAAUUUAAAUUUUAAAUCAAAUA